CUCAUUUAUAUUUAAUUAACCUAUUAAAAAUAUGAGAGCCGUACAUAGGAAUCUUUUUAUCCUCCUCUUGUUGGUUGUGCUUGCCAGUUCAAAGACCCCUGACUCUGACCUCUGUAAAACAAAAGAAAAGGAAGGAGAUAUAGAUUAUUACUGUGAUAACUCCCCGAUUUUUGUCUGAAAAGAUUACGGAAAAGAUAAAUACUGAGUGCAUAAAGGAGUGUUCCCAGCUGAAUGGAGAGAACUUCUUGGUGCUUUGAUUCUUGCAGUAGCCAUUUCUUUAUGUAAUGCUGCUGGUAUUGGUGGAGGAGGUAUCAUUGUAACAAUCAACGUUACUCUGUUCCAAUUUUCAGCUAAGGAAUCUAUUGCUAUGUCAAAUUUUGUCAUCUUUUUUGGAUGAUUGACAAGAUAUAUCAGGAACUUCAAAAACAAACAUCCCUUAAAAGAUGCUACAGCAAUUGAUUAUGGAAUAGUGACUUGUCAGAUGCCUUUGGUCAUGCUUGGAACCUUUAUCGGAGUUCAGAUUAACGAGAUCCUUCCUGAAACUCUUGUAUUUAUCCUACUAUUUGUGACUCUUUUAUACCUCACCUACAAAGCAUUCGUGAAGGCAAUCGAUGCUUAUAAGAAGGAAAAAAAGAUCGCCCAGGAAAAGAAAGAACAGAAAGAUGAAGAAAGAGUUCCUCUUAGAGGCAAACGCUACAAGGAAUAUUAAUGGAACUAAAGAGAAUGUAGGAUCAAGAGAGGAUAUGUUCCAACCAUUGAUGCAACAUAACGAUAAAGCAAGCUGUCUCAAACUCAUGAUAAUGGAUCUGGUCCUUUGGAUAUUAAGCUAAACC